CCAGACCUUCCGGCGGCGCCAAAAAGCGACCAGAGUGUUGACGCAGCGCGCAAGCGCAGUGGGCGGCUGGACUCGGGUGAGAAGUUUCACGGCCUGAUGGAGGUUGCAUGAGGCCUACGGGGCUGAAGACAGCCCUUCCGAGAUCAUGUCUCAUGUGGAUGAAGCAGCCCGCCGGCUGUCCAAAAGUGGGUCAACCCUCUAUGCAGUGCUGGAACUUAAGAAGGGUGCCUCACCUGAAGACGUCAAAAAGGCCUACAGCCAUUCCCCAUCCUCUCCCCACCCUCCUUUUGGGUACUGCCUGGGUAGGAGACUGGCCUUGAAGUAUCAUCCAGACAAGAAUCCAGGGAAUGCUCAAGCAGCAGAAAUAUUCAAAGAGAUCAACACAGCCCACGCCGUACUAAGUGACCCUAAGAAGCGGAAAAUCUACGACCGGCAUGGCUCAUUGGGAAUAUAUAUAUAUGAUCACUUUGGCGAAGAAGGCGUCAGAUACUAUUUUGUGAUGAAUAGUUGUUGGUUCAAGACACUUGUCCUCCUGUGUGCUCUGCUCACUUGUUGCUGUUGCUGCUGCUGCUGCUGCUUUUGCUGUGGAGCACUCAAGCCACCACCUGAGGACGCUGCUAGGAGAAAACCCCAGCAGAAUGUCCGGAGUCAACCUUCAAGGUCAGGAAACAAACAAAGUUCUAGAAGGCAAGAUACUUAUAGUGAAGAUGAUUAAAAGAUGAAGAAGAGUAAGGUGCCAACCCAGUGAGGGUGCCUUUUGCUGCCCAGCCCACUGGACACGUUGAAGAAAGGAGCAAGUAGCCCUGUUCUGACAUUGACCCUGAUUUGCCCCUCUUCUUGUAAGAAUCCCAACUUCAGAAGCACUGAUGGUGUCCAUCCCAAUGGGGAUGCCAUCUCUGUCCUUGAUGGUGUCACUCACCCUGAUGAUACAGGGUCACUCAGCUACUCUUCUUUUUUAGCCCAGUUUUUUAGCCCCCAUUUUAAUCUGUUAGAGAGCAGCCCUCCCAUCCCUGCCCUUAUAAGGUCUCAGGUGGUGGUGACAGACUUUUCCAGAGCAUUCUUUUUCCUCUGCCUUCCUUGAGAUUUGAGCCAAUGUCAGCUGGUAGAGUCUCUGAGCCUCUUGGAAUAUCUCCACCAAGAUCCUGAUACCAAGCAGGGUGGAUCCUGUCCCAGAACUGAUGUGCCAGCUAACCCUCCUUUGUUACAACUCUGUCUACCAAACACUCUUAGCAUCAGCCUCAUUCCUAAGCCAGUAUACCUUUCUGGGGCUCGUCUCACCUUCUUCUGGUGCCCAUGCACUUGGCUUGCCAGCCUCAUUUCAUGCCACCAUGAGUCAGCUCAAGAAAAGUCUGAAUGCAUUUGAGGCUUAGGGGUGGUCAUGUCACCUUUAGAUUCUCCCCUGUCUGCAGCUACCAGCACAGCACCCAUUAGCAUGAGUCCUGCGGGUCAACUGAAGUUCACGCUUCAGUGUUGCUUGCCCCCAUCCUUUUUACCACAUCUUAGGCAGGCUGAUCACCAUAUAUUUUGUUCUUAAAGCAGAGGCAUGAAACGUGAUAGGGAAAAUACUGUACUUUUACAGACCCUUUCCCCACUCGUGCCUCUUGGUGCUGCCUACUUGGCAUCCUCUCCACACCGUUUAUUUCCCAUCCACCCAGGGUCAGAGCCUAGUGACCCCUCGAACUUUUCUCUCCUGACUGGGAGAAGAGCUAAGGAAUGUCGGUAAAUAAAAGAACUUUUGUCCAA